AUGCGAGACUUACCCCAUUGCUGUGUUGGCUGCUGUGACAGAGGAGAGCGGAGCGGAGGGGGGAGGGGGGAUGUGCUCUGGAACAGCCAAUCACAGCAGAGAGGGGGGGACGCGCUCCGGAACAGCCAAUCACCGCAGAGGGGGGGAGGGGGGCUAAACUGCCUCACAAUACCAAGACUGAGCGAGGCUGUCACUGAGCAUCACUGCAGGAGUCCGCACGAACUACUGCUGCUCAAGAUCCAGCAGAUCCAGAACCCAUCAGCCCGAGUCCAGCAGAACCUGACCCCAGACCCAGAACCCAUCAGCCCGAGUCCAGCAGAACCUGACCCCAGAACCCCAUCAGCCCGAGUCCAGCAGAACCUGACCCCAGACCCAGAACCCAUCAGCCCGAGUCCAGCAGAACCUGACCCCAGACCCAGAACUCAUCAGCCCGACCCGAGUCCAGCAGAACCUGACCCCAGACCCCAGAACCCAUCAGCCCGAGUCCAGCAGAACCUGACCCCAGACCCCAUCAGCCCGAGUCCAGCAGAACCUGACCCCAGACCCCCAUCAGCCCGAGUCCAGCAAAACCUGACCUCUGACCCCUGA